AUGCCGCUCGAGCCGAACGACGACCCGACAACCACCAUAGCCCUCCUCCAGCGACUAACGAUGCUGUCAACAAUGGAAACCUACGCGCUCGCCGCCGGCGCCGUCGCGGCCGCCUACGCCGCCGCGCGGUCCUGCGGGCCCGAGGACGCCGCGCCGACGACGCCCAAGGGCACGGCGCCGCACACGGAGGGCCAGUUUAAAGCAUUUCAGCAGUUUAGAAGGUUGUCCGUCGCGGGGUUGGCCUUGGGACUGGCCGCGGAUUAUGUGGUUGCGGCCCAAUUAUACGCGUGUGUGCGCGACGACCUGCCGCUGAUUGUGGUCGCGGAGCUCUUCGCAACCUCCUUCGCCACGGCCUGGGCGGCGCGGACUUGUUUAAGACCGGCGAUCGAGCGGGCCUUGGGGUUGAGGGGCGCGUGCGGCCUCGCAUUAGUCUGCGUAUCGAUAUCCGCGAUCACGGCGGCGCUGCACGGGUCGCGGCACGGUCACCAUAUUUAUUUGCUGGCGGGCCGCGUCUGUUCGGGUAUCGCGCAGCCGCUGCUACAAUUGACGUUCGAGGGCUGGCAGCGGGCCGUGCACGCUCACCAAAGCUGGCCGGCGCUCUGGCGCCGCGAGACCAUGCGUAGUAUAGGACGGUCGACGACGCUGGCUGCUUUGUUGAGUGGGGCCCUGUCGGAGGUGUUGUACCGCCUCUGCGACGAUAGAAGGGCGCCGCUGUUAAUGAGCGCCUUCGUCGCGCUCGUCGCGGCGGGCCUGACGGUGUCGACGGCGGACGCGCCGGUUCUUGGAGAAGCGCCGUUGUGUGGAGGCGACGCCGAGGCCGGCCUGGGCCGCUUCUUCGAGUUCCCGCGGGACACGAGCGGCGGAAGGAGCGUGCGCGGGGCCGUCGUGACGGCCGGCGCGGCUAUUGUGGAUGCGGCGGCGGCGAUCGCAUUGGUCGCGUGGGCGCCGACGGUGUCCCGGGCGGACCCGGACGCGCCCUUCGGUUUCGUGUUCUCGCUGACGAUGGCCGCGGCCGUCGCGGGCACGCAGGUCUUCGGCGCCGUCGCGGCGUCGUCCAAGCGCUUCGAGCACCUCGCGGCGGCCUGCUGCGCGACGGGCGGCCUGGCCUUCGCCUUCCUGGCGACGCAGCCGGCGGGGCUGGGGGCGGCCCUGGCGCCCUUCCUGGCGUUCCAGCUGGCGCUCGGCGCGGCGAAGCCGUGCCUCGCGGCGCUGCGGGGCAAGCACGUGGCGCCGGACCAGCGCGACGUCGCGGCGCGGGCCCAGGCCGCCUGCGCGACCAUCGCGUCGGUCGUCGGCGCGCUGCUCUACGCGGGCCACGCGCCGAUCGUCUUCGCCGCGUGCGCGUUGGCCUGCGCGAUGGCGUCCUCGCCGCUCAUGCGACUAACGGCGUGA